UUAUAGAUAAUUUUUAAAUUUUCCAUAUAUAGUUGGAUAUAAAUAUGUGAACAAGCUCAUUUAAUCAUGUUUAGUUGAAAAUCCAUAUCAUCUAAUCAUUGCAUAUAUGACCUUCUAAAUUUUAACUAGAACGAAUAUAUUAACUUUAGAACAUCUUUUUACACCAGUGUUGUGAAAUAGUGGCUAUAGCACUGUAGCAUAGGGGAAUUUGAACAAAUCACUAUUGUUCUGCGAUAUGCUAUUUAGUGCAAAAUAUAGCCAGAUAGCGCCACUAAAAUAUUGUUGUGUAGCGGAAUAUGAAAAAACCAAUAUUUUAUGCAAUCCACAAUUAAGAACACUAUUUUACACAAAACUCUUAGGGUUCAUCUGUUCGUUACUUAUUUCAACCUGCAUUUUUUAGGGCCACCUAUUAAACGGAGAAAGCGACAUUCAAGAAAACCUAGAGAGAAUCAAGAAGCAUGCUUAAUGAGAGGGGUGUAUUUCAAAAAUAUGAAGUGGCAAGCAGCAAUAAAAGUAGACAAGAAACAGAUCCAUCUUGGGACUGUUGCGUCGCAGCAAGAAGCUGCUCGCUUGUAUGACAGGGCCGCUUUCAUGUGUGGUAGGGAGCCCAAUUUUGAGCUUCCUGAAGAAGAUAAGCGCGAAUUGAGUAAGUUCAAUUGGGAAGAAUUCUUGACCGUGACUCGACAGACAAUAACCUGUAAAAAACACAAGAAAGGGAAUAGUUCCGGACCGCAUAAUAAGGUCGACGAGCCUUCAUUGCAGAGAGGUGAUUGUGACAGUAAGCAAGGAGUGACUAACUUCUCGGUCGGUGGUAUUGCGGAGCUAGAAACCGCAGCUUCUAGAAAUAUAUGAUUCAAGAAUGGAGCUUGUGGAGGAUAACUCCAGUUCUAACGGUUCAUUUUUUUGCUACCUAAUUCAUUUUCAAUUGUAUUAUUCUUAACAUAAUCAAAUUGAUACAACUUAAACUAAUAAGUAGUAUAUAGUAAUAGUUCAUGAAGCUAUUUUCUUCUUCCCUACAAUAAUGGAAGAUGGGGGAUACAAUUAUUAUUUUUUAUGUGAUUAUUAUCUAUGUACCUAAAGGUGCAUGAAUAAAUUGUUUUUAAAUGGAA